AGCAGCAGCAACGACGACGGCGGCAGCAGCAGCAGCAGCGACGACGGCAGCAGCAGCAACGACGACGGCGGCAGCAGCAGCAGCAACGACGACGGCAGCAGCAGCAGCAACGACGACGGCAGGCAGCAGCAGCAACGACGGCGGCAGCAGCAGCAGCAACGACGACGGCAGCAGCAGCAGCAACAGCGACGAGCAGCAGCAGCAACGACGACGGCAGCAGCAGCAGCAACGACGUGGCAGCAGCAGCAGCAACGACGGCGGCAGCAGCAGCAGCAACGACGACGGCAGCAGCAGCAGCAGCAACGACGACGGCAGCAG